CAUCUGUCCCUGUCAAAUAUCCAACAUAACCUCAAAUGGCGUUUUUAUUUACUUGUUAAAGUUGAUGAAAACAAGCGAUUUACUAUAAUGGUGGGUGAAUAAAUCUUUAAAAAGUGAUAACUGUUUAGCUAACGCCACCUGAGAUGGGUGCUUUAGUGACCAAGGCUUUGCGGCCGAUAAAAUCUUUCAACAUCGAAAAUCGGGCUCACCGUGUAAUAUCGAAGGAAAAACCGGUGCCGGCGCCGAAAUACCCUUCCAACCUCGAAGAUGUGCGUCGAGCGAUGGAGCUGGAGCCCGACCUGGACGAGAAACUCGAGAAAAAGGACGUAGCUCUGGAUGAUAGGUUGAAGAAUGUUUAUGUAACUUCGAAAGGCAGGCCGGAGGAUGAUAUUACGAGGGAGGCGAUGAGCUCGGGCCGCCUGCUGCCGCAGGACCGCAAGCUCCUCCCAGACUACGACUUUGGCUUCAAAGAACCAGAACAGGUCAAAUACGGACGCACAACCCUCAGAAGCGCAAUGGAUUUCAUCUCCUCACAUCAAGCCAACCCUACUGAAGUCACCGCCGAGAAAAUAGCCUUAGAAUAUAAGCUAAAGGAAGAGGAUGUUAAAAAUAUACUCAAGUAUUUUAAAACAUUUGAAGUGUAUGUGCCGAAGACUAAGUCCUCGCCUGCUACGUUUGCGGGGCCCGCAGCUAUUAGACAUGGAAAACAACCUGUAUACAAGGUUCUAGAAGGCAAUGGAGAUAAAACAGAUAAUCUUUUGGAUGAGGAUAAAACAAAACAGAAGAGCUAGAUAGAAUAAAUAAUAUUAGAUGUUCAUUGAAUAUCUUCCUAAUAAGUUAAAUGCUACAGAUAUACUGAAUGGAGGGGUAUAUGCAAUGCAGAAUUUUAAAGCUGUUAAUGAAUAUUAUUUAUUAGGUUUACAGAAACUUACUCAAAGUGGAGAUUGUGUGACAUUGACAUGUCAUUGUUAUAUUGACUGGUUGAUUUUCAACAUAUUCUCAUCUACUUAUACUUAUACUUUUUUUUGCACAGAAUGUUUAUUUAAUACUAUCUAGUAUACAAAUAAGGACCUAAUACAACUUAAAAUAAUGUGAUUUAGAUGUAGUAGUAAAUAAUAAUAAAAUAUGUUUUGUUGUUCA